GGCGGGGCGGGCCCGGGCCGGGGGCGGCCCCACGCGGGACCCAAAGCCUGUUCCUGCUCCUUAGCCCCAGAGCUGCUCUCUCUGCCCCACGCCAUGGACUGCGGCGUGAUCACCUCCAAAACCGUGCUGCUGCUGCUGAGCCUUGCCUUCUGGGCAGCAGCAGCGGGUCUCAGCUAUGUUGGGGGAUAUGUCAUUAACACCUACAAGAGCUACGACAACUUCCUGCAGGACAAGUAUGCUCUUCUGCCAGCCGUCAUUAUUAUUUGCGUUGCUGUGGUAAUGUUCAUCAUCGGGUUGAUUGGCUGCUGUGCCACCUUCCGGGAGUCUCGAGUUGGCCUAGGGCUGUUCUUGGCCAUUAUCCUGGUUAUCUUUGUUGCAGAAGUAUCUGCUUUUGUCCUGGGAUUUGUUUAUAGGGAAAAGGUAAAAACUGAUGUGCAAGGCACAAUGCACUCAGUCUUUGAGAAGUAUGAUGGGAAAAAUCCAGAGUCUACUGUUGUGGAUUACUUGCAAGAACAGCUUCAUUGCUGCGGGGUAAGGAACUACAGCGACUGGACAACCACACAGUGGUUUAAUUCCACCGGUAACAACAGCGUGCCUCUGAGCUGCUGCAGGCAAGAUGUGAAGAACUGCACAGGGCGCCUGGAUCAGCCACAGGAACUCAAUACGCGGAGCUGUGCAGAGGAGCUGGAGUCUGGGCUGCAGAGCGUUAUCAGCUAUGCUAUGCUUGUAAUCCUGGGUUUUGCCAUUGUAAAGUUCUUCGGCAUGCUGAGUGUCUGCGUGCUUACCUGCAGGAGAGAAGACAGUGGAUAUCAGCCUCUUUACUCAGGGGUGUUUGCUUAAUAAAAUGCAAAGAUCACUUUUCUUUUGCUUCCUGAUGAUAAAAUAGACUUGUAAAGAUGACCGCUGAAGAACAAUUUAUCACCUUCUUGCUAAAUAUUUUAUUUGAUGUACGUGGAACAGAAAGAACGUUGUGUAUUGACUUGGGAAAGUUUCUUGCGGGUGAUGUGAAAUGGCAAUUUCAAUAUUCGGUGCCCUACAGUGAGGUACCUUGAUCUUGCAUGCCACAGCUUUCUGUAUGGUUAUCGUAGAUUUGGAUUUGUGACUUCAGACGGCACCAGGUGGCAUAAUGGACUCCAGAAACAAACUUACUUCUGCAGUUCUUUCCUCUACCCUUGAAACAUGCAGAAGAAACCUUAUUUUUAAUCACUAAACUGAUUGAGACCGCAGGAGGGGUUUCAGUUGUCUGCGCAAAUGCCGGGUCAUUCUAGGCAUGAUUAAACAGAAAAUGAAACUUUUGAACGCCAGGUUCAAAUAUUCUUCAUAAGCAUGGGGAGUUAGAGUAUGUUCUCUUUGUGUCUGAUGGUGUUUCUGGUUUUAUUUUUUGUCUCCUUCUUCUGGUUGUACGUUGUAAUUCAGUUUGUUAGUGCAAGACAACCCUGUGUUUAAACAGACAUUUGAGUUGUUUUUCGAAGCAGCUAGCAGGUGUGGAGAAUCCCAGGGUAGGAGGGGAUGUGUGCUUUGAGCUUUUGGGACAUCUGUCCUUGGCUUUUUUUUGGUCUUUUUUAAACAUUAUUAUUAUUAUUUGACAUUAAAAAUUGCUUAUGCAGGCAAGGCUUUUGACAUAUUUUUUUUUCUCCUUUUACUGAUGGGUUUUAUGGUUUGUCUAAAAGACAGGCUGCGUCUCUGCAUUUAAUGUCGAAGUUGCAAGAGCUACUGAGAUGAAUACGGGCAGGAAGAUGGGAGUCGCAGGACAUGUUGGCUCGGUGUGGUUGGGUAGACAGGCUGCUGGAGGGGUUUGUGCAGCCCUUCCUGCUUUAGCUUUUCACUGCUGAAGGUGUUAAGAUGAUGCAUUCUUGCAGCAAGUAAUUUCAGUAACCUGUUGCCUGGCAGCGUCGGGCAGCUCCUCGUUUGCUUGUUUUCUUCUCUCCUUAAAGGUCUGCUGAAUGCAGUCGCUGCUUGGCUUGCAUGGCUGCUUUAAAAUGGUCCUUCUUGAACUCCUUUGUAUGUUAGUGUUUCCAGUUCUUUAGAUUUCUGGGUGGUUUUAGAGUUGUGGUGGGAGGGAACCAAGAGCUGUUCUUUAUUAGGGAAUUAUGGAAAAGCAACCGUGCAUUUGCUUAUUUUUUUCUUUGGUGAGAUAAGCAGUCUACCCUUAGCAAUAAACCUUACUAUCUGUGGCAAAUUAGAAAAAAAGGAGUUUGGAGUAAGUGUAAGGUGUUUAUCUUCCCCCUCCGUAGAGAAAGAAGGAACGGGUGGUGAUGACGUUCUUUGGGAGACAUACCGAUAUGAGUACGUACCUGUGGCAAAGCGACUUACUUUUUAUUGAGGGCUUUGUGUUCUGUUGAAUGCCGAAUAAAGUUAUAUAACCACUUAAUAAA